AUGGACAGUUGCCGUGUCACUCCUGAAUGCUAUGGCCACAUGACCAGGCUCUUGUCAAGCUUAGCCGGGGGACGCAUGGUCCUGGCACUAGAAGGCGGCUACAACCUAAGCAAACCCAUAAAAAAGUACUGGACAGCUCUUUCCUUCCAGGUUGAUCUUCCUGUUGAGGAUGUUCUGUGCCAAGGCUUUGGAGGUGGGGCCCAACCCGUGGAGUCAGGUGCUUCUGGUUCUGAAGUCUCUUCGUGUAAUGUGUCUCCUGUCUCCACUCCGUCCACUGCAUCCCCUCCUUAUGUCUCUGCUCCAUCUUCUCCUGAUAAGACUUGGAAGAAUGGAAAGUGUAAGGAUAACGGAGCAUCUCCACAAUUGGAAUGCAACUCUGGAAGGACCAAGUGUGAUUCAGAACAAAUGGACAUAGACAUUACACCAAACCCUGAAUUGCAGAAGUCUGUGAGAUGCAGAGUGAAAAGUGAAAAAGCUGCUUCAGCAUCAGUUGCAGAACAAAGGGAUGUAAAAGCUGGAGGAAUGCAGAAACAGUUUGGUUCAGAAGGAAGUUCAAGGAUAGCAGGAGAAAGGUUGGGAUCAAGGUGGCACAGGGGAGAGCGCUAA